AUUUCUCUCCUUCUUAUCUGAAAACAAGUCAAAACUGGGAAGGAAGAAGUGAAGAACCUCCUUCAUCAUCAUCACAAUCCAAUCAUCAAUUUUGAUUCUGGUAACUGCUGCUGAAUUCUGAUCGAUGAGAAAAUGAGUAGUAUUCCAUAUCCAUGCGACGAUUCUUCUUCUGUUCCAACGAGUUUCGUAGGGCUUCUUCUUCUUCAUUACUCAAAAAGUAGAUGCAACAGCGACAGCCAUGUUCAAAGUUCCUCUGAGCUUCUCAGAGACUUGGCUAACAGGGAGCUCAACGCUUUCCUAUGGCUCUCUCUCGUCGUCGUCACCGGACUCCUUCUCAGGAAGCUCUUCAACCUCUUUAGUCUUUGGCACAGGGCAAGAAACAUUCCUGGACCUCCCUGUCCCUCUUUUUAUGGCCACUCUAAGCUUAUUUCCCGCGAAAAUCUCACCGAUGUCUUGUCAAAAUCCCACGAGAAGUAUGGACCAAUUGUUAAGUUGUGGUUAGGUCCUACUCAGCUUUUGGUGUCAGUUAAGGAUCCUCUACUGAUUCAAGAGAUGCUUAUAAAAGCUGAGGAUAAGUUGCCUUUUACUGGAAAAGCAUUUCGUCUAGCCUUUGGGCAAUCAUGCCUCUUUGCCCCUUCUUAUGAAAAGGUGCAAAAGAGAAGAGAAACAUUGGCAACAGAAUUGAAUGAAAGAUUGCUCAAGACUGCUGAUCUGAUUCCAAUGAAUGUUACAGACUUUAUUGUGGAUAAAAUAGAAAACAUCAGUGCCAAAGGAAAUAUCGAUUGUGGGUUGGUUUCUCAGCAUAUAGCUUUCACCCUAAUGGGAGCCACAUUCUUUGGAGAUGGCUUCUUGGCCUGUCCAAAAGCUGCAAUUUAUGAGGAACUCCUUAUGAUGAUUGCUAAAGAUGCUUGCUUUUGGGCUUCCUAUAAUGUUACUCCUUUCUGGAAACAAGGAUUUUGGAGGUAUCAAUGCUUAUGUACUAAGCUGAAAUGCUUAACUAGUGACAUUGUUCAACAUUGCAGAAAAAGCUGCAACCUCUUUGGCCAAAUUGAUCAAAAUGUUCAUAACGAAAGUUUUAACGAAGAAAUAAAGUCAGCACAUUGUUCGCAAUGCUGCUCUGAUAAUGAGUUUGGCGAUUACUAUUUCUUCCGUGACCUCAAUGAUCAUCAAAAAGCUAAAGAUAAAGAAGAGCCUUCUGGGAACAUCAUGCGUGUGAUGUUUCAUGGAUGUCACACAACUGCUGCUUUAAUUUCCAAUAUAUUGACUAGGCUUGUCAUGCAUCCAGAAAUACAGGACAAGGUUUAUUCUGAGAUUAGCAUGGUAGGGAGGAACCCAUCAAAAUAUGAGCAGGAGGAUAUUUACAGGAUGCCUUUGUUAUUGGCUACAAUCUAUGAAUCUGCACGCCUUCUGCCCACUGGUCCCAUGCUACAGCGAUGUUCUCUGGAACAUGACUUAAGUCUUUCAACUGGUGUAACCAUACCUGCUGCAGCAGUGCUGGUUGUGCCUGUUCAAUUGGUUCAAAAGGAUGACUCCAGUUGGGGGAGUGAUGCAAGUGACUUUAAUCCGUACCGAUUUCUGUCAAAUCAUGCAAAGGAAUCAGGUUCUGCAGAAGAAGUUACAAAGUCUGGUUUCAAUUUGCUCGAACUAAAUGAUCCAAAUGAAAACGCAGCAUUUCUGCCUUUCGGAUCUGGUACACGCACAUGUGUUGGGCAGAAAUUUGUUAUCCAAGUCAUUGCAACAUUGCUGGCAUCAUUACUCAAAAAAUAUGAGAUAAGACCUUACCCCGGAUCAGGCGAUAACUCAGAACCAAGCUUGAAGAAUCGUCUUCAGAGUUAUCCUAAAUCACCUAUACUAUUUGUUAGAAGGGACCAGUGAAUGCAAAAAAUGAUGAGCAAGCACACUGUAUAGAACUAUAGAUGAAAAAGUUGUUGUAAUUCAAGUCAUGGACUCCUCGUUUUCAGAGUCGUCUCUUUUUUCUUCCGCGUUUUCCGAGAUGAAUGGGGAAGCUUUCCAUAUUCAUGGCUCAUUGUAGUUUCAGCCAGGAGGAUGCAACCUGAGUUUAAAUUGAACUCAAGUUUUUUAAACCCCUGUUUUUGAACCUAGCCCUAGUGAUCAAGCCAUGGCACACUUUUUUUAUAUCUGUUUUUUAGGCACUUUGGGUCUAUUGGUGCAAUGAGCCUUAGGUUUUCCUUCCCCAUCUCUUGGUGUUGGUCACUUCCUGUGUGUAACUAUGUCAACCUUUUUUGUUGGCUACAAUGUAAUAACUUUUUUUCUUUUUAACUUCUCAAAUAAGUCUCUGCUUAUUGUAUUUCCUAAUAUAAUAUCACAAUCAGACCUAUAAUUGAAUGUUU